UUGUUGACCACAAACGGCGCUGAUUUCACAGCCGUUCACUGCUCCGCUUAUACAUGCUCGUACCGUCCUGAAGUCAGUGUCGCCGACACUUGCAAACGAGGAGUUUGCUUUCACAAAGUGAGAAUGCUUAACUCUGUGGGACUGAGCCUUGUGGUGCUGCUUUCAGCGGUGGGAGCAGCCGCGGUGGAGAGAGCGGAGUAUGACUACUACAAAUACCAUCCCAUGCCGGAGAUCACCAACUGGAUGGCUCAGGUUGCGAAGGAUAACCCCGAUGUUGUGACCGUGUUGGAAUACGGACUGACCUAUGAGAAGAGGACUAUUAGCUUGCUCAAGAUCGGCGUAAAUACAGGAGCGAAAAAGAAAGCUAUCUGGAUGGACUGUGGUAUUCACGCCAGGGAAUGGAUCGCCCCGGCCUUCUGCCAGUACUUUGUCAGACAGAUCCUGCAUGCGUACAAAACCGACCCAAAAAUGCAACAGAUGAUGAAGAACAUGGACUUCUACGUGACCCCUGUGCUCAACAUGGACGGCUACAUCCACUCCUGGAAGGACAACACAACUCGACUGUGGAGGAAGAACAGGUCACCAGGACCUUCAGGCUGCGACUGCUACGGCACCGAUCUCAACCGCAACUUUGACGCCACCUGGGGCACGAUCGGGGUAUCAUUUAACUGCUGCUCACAAAUCUACUGCGGGAGCAAACCUGCGUCCGAGCCCGAGGCCCAGGCCGUAGCUAAUUUGGUAGGAAGCCGGAAGGAGGACUACCUGUGUUUCCUCACCAUCCACUCCUACGGCCAGCUGCUCCUGGUUCCCUAUGGAAACCCCAACUACACCGCCUCCAACUACAAUGAGCUGAUGGAGGUGGGUUUGGGUGCCGCAGACGCCAUUCGGAGGGUCCACGGGAUGAACUACACCGUAGGAACCUCACCGGAUGUUUUGUACGCCAACUCUGGUUCAUCCAGAGACUGGGCUCGGAUGCAGGGGAUCCCCCUCGCGUACACCUUUGAGCUGAGAGACAACGGCACAUUCGGCUUCGAGCUUCCCGAGGAUCAGAUCCAGCCGGCCUGUGAGGAGGCCUACAGCGGAGCCCUGCACAUCAUCAACUACGCCCACGACAAGACCUUUAACGGUGCCGUGGCGACCACUGCUGCAACGCUGUGGACCGUGCUGUUAGCAGUGGGUGUCACCGGCACCCAGCUCUAGAUGACACAACGUUUUAGGAUUUUAGGAAAAAUAAUUUGUUGAUAAGUUAUAAUCAAAAGUCUGGAAAUGUAUCUGUUGAUGAAUAACAAUGCACCCUUGGUUCAGCUAUUAUAAAACUGCUGUGAAGUGUCUUUGAAUGAUCUGAAUUGUCUGUUAAUAAACUUCCCAUGUAUAUUUUUAUAUCAUUGAAUCAAUAUAAACAUUAUCUGGCGCCAAAGAGUUAUAAAAAGAUUAUUUUUUUGUGUAUUUUAAACACUUGUGAAACCAAUUCGCCCAUCGAAAUUGCAUUUUAUUUGUUGCUUUCCAAUAAAUGACAAUCUGUACGUCA